AUGUGUGAGUCCAAGAUUCUGGUUUCAACACUGAAACCAUGGUGGUGGAAACAAAAGCCUCAACUACAGUCUUUUAUCAGAGCCAUAACAAUUCCUACACCUACGCUAACAAUGCCUUCACACGCGUCGCUUCCUCUUCACAAUGCCACCAGCAACUAUAUCCUCAUGAAGAACCGCGAAAUCGAUGUUUUCAUAAAAUCCAGGAACCUGAACGCUGCACUUGCAGUUUUCCAUAACAUGCCACUGCGUGACACUGUCACCUAUAACCUGAUGAUUUCCGGGUUCUAUAAACAACCCGAACAUGCUCUUCAUCUCUAUGCUGAAAUGGGUUUGCUUGGAAUAAGAGAAAGCUCAACCACGUUCUCUUCUAUUAUAGCGGUUUGCACCAAUAAAGAGUUUUUUAGAGAAGGUGUUCAGGUGCAUUGUAGAGUGCUCAAGUUUGGAUUUUUACGUAACGUGUACGUUUGUGGUGCACUUGUUGGGUUUUACAUGCACGUGGGGCUCAGUGGGGUGGCACUGGAGUUGUUUGAUGAGUUGCCAGAACGAAAUUUGGGUGUUUGGAAUGUGAUGUUACGUGGAUUAUGUGAAAUGGGUCGUGUUGAAGUGGAAGAUUUGCUUGGAUUUUACUCUCGGAUGUGUUUUGAAGGUGUGGAGCCAAAUGGAGUUACGUUUUGUUAUUUGCUUAGGGGGUGUGGUAAUCUGAGACUCUUGCAUGAAGGGAAGAAGCUUCAAGGUUGCAUUUUGAAGAUGGGUUUGGUGGAAUCGAACGUUCUCGUUGUUAAUAAUUUGGUGGAUUUUUACUCUGCAUGUGGGUGUUUGGUUGGUGCAAGGAAGUGUUUUGAAGACAUAAAAGUUGAGGAUGUUAUUUCAUGGAACUCGUUGGUUUCUGUUUAUGCUGAGAAUAAUUUGUUGUUUGAUGCUUUGGAGUUGUUUAGUGUUAUGAAAGUGAGGGGGCACAGGCCAUCCGUUCGUUCAUUGGUGGGUUUGUUGAAUUUGUGCAGUAGAAUUGAAGAACUUUGUUUAGGGAAGCAGAUGCAUUGUCAUGUUAUGAAGAUGGGUUUUGACGAAGGGAGUGUGCAUGUUCAAUCUGCUUUGAUUGAUAUGUAUGGAAAAUGUAGGGACAUUGAGAGUUCUGUGGCUGUGUUUGAAUGCCUUCCCAAAAGAACUUUGGAGUGUUACAACUCAUUGAUGACCUCUUUGUCUCACUGUGGUGCCAUUGAAGAUGUGGUGGAAUUAUUUGGUUUAAUGGUUGAUGAAGGUUUCAUGCCAGAUGAAGUGACAUUCUCCACCACAAUUAAGGCUUUGUCUGCUUCAGCAAGCUUCACGAGCUCUCAGUUACUGCAUUGUUAUGCAUUAAAAUCUGGACUUGAAGGAGAUGCUGCAGUUGCAUGUUCCCUUAUGGAUGCAUAUUCAAGAUGUGGGUAUGUGGAACUUUCUCAUAAUAUUUUUGAGACCCUUCCUUCUCCAAAUGCUAUUUGCUUCACGUCUAUGAUCAAUGCAUAUGCCCGAACUGGGAUGGGAAAAGAAGGAAUUGCAGUGCUUCAAGCUAUGAUUGAGAAGGGUCUAAAACCAGAUGAAGUUACCUUCUUAUGUGCAUUAACGGGGUGUAACCACACAGGACUAGUUAAGGAAGGAAGAAUAGUCUUUGAUUCAAUGAAAUCUCUUCAUGGGGUUCAUCCGGAUCGCCGGCAUUAUUCAUGCAUGGUGGAUCUUUUAUGCCGUGCAGGACUUCUACAUGAAGCUGAAGAGUUGCUGCUACAGGCAGCAGGAAAGAGAGACUGUUCUAUGUGGAGCUCUUUGCUAAGAAGUUGCAGGGUCCAUAAGAAUGAAGAGGUUGGAACAAGAGCAGCACAAGUACUAAUUGAGCUAGACCCAGAUGAUCCUGCAGUGUGGUUGCAAGCUUCAAAUUUUUAUGCUGAAAUAGGGAAAUUUGAUGAGUCAAGGCAAAUCAGAGAGGUUGCUCUAGCAAGGAAGAUGACUAGGGAGAUUGGUCGUAGUUUAAUUGAGAUAAGACAGUGA